UUAAUGUUAUAUUUAGAACCAAUAAAUAGUACCCACCCAUUAAGAAUUUAUAUUACUGUGGUUCCAUCAAAUUCACCUUCAUAUAUUUUUACUGUUCAGAACCAAGGUAAUAAAUAUCUACGUCGAUUUUCAGAACUUUCUCCUCAAUCAGGCUAUUUAGUUAUGAAAGGUUCAUCAAAAUUAGUUUUACCAAAUGGUGUUACAUAUUUUACCCCAGCUAUUUCAUCAGAUCCAACAAAAACAGCAUUCUCACCAUUAUACCCAUCAAAAUCAUUAAAUCCUAUUUGGACACCAUCCAGUAUUGUUGUUGGUGAUGUAUAUAAAUCAAUUAAAUUACAAGUACCUGCUUUAAAUGAGUUUAAACCAAACUCUUAUCAGUUUUCAUUUAUACUUUCAAAAAAAAAUAUUAAUUUUUAUUUUAAAUAUCAAGAUUUCGAAAUAAUUAAAAAUUCAACUUUGAUUUUAGACUCGACUUUAUACAACAAAGAUGGAAAGCUUAUUCAAUUAGGUAUAAAAUUUGAUCAAAUUUAUUCAAGUUUAGAAUGUGAUGUUAAUGAAUUUAAAUUAAUUAUUGGAUAUAUAAAUGAUAUCAAAAAAAAAUUAUUAGGAACAAGUGAUAUUAGUGAAUCAAUAAAUUUAAGAUUCAAUCUAGAUUAUUUACAAUCAACUGAAUUAUGGAUGAAGUGCAGAGACAAGGUUAACAGCUACUUUAUUAAAAAACUUCAAACAGAAGAGUUAUUGGUUAAAAAUUGUUUACAUUCAACGAGCGAUCCAGAGUUUGCCACCAACCCAUGUUGUAACCCAGCUCUAUCAUAUUAUCAAUGCUGUAAUCCUUCCCCAAUUAAUGCCACAGUUUUAAAGACUAUUGAUUACAAUAACGAUUUGAUCAGUGAUGAAUGUUUUAGUGCUGAAUGUACAAAAUCUGUUUUAAACGAAUAUCAAAUGACUCUAUCGAUUGUUGAUGGAUGCAGUGUUUCAGACUUUUCACUUUCCAAACUUGGUCUAUCAACAACAAAUAUAAUGAGAGAAUGUAAGGAAGUAUUAAUCUCGCCUAUUUGUUCAAAAGAUUCGGAUUGCAAAGAUUAUGGUAAAAUAAAGAAAUGUAAUUUGUAUACUAGAGAAUGUAUAGCCGAUUUCGAAAGUAUAGAUAAAAGUUACAUUAAAUGUGUUUUAGAAAAAUUAUCAAUUUCAUCUCUUUUUUAUCUUACAAAUUCAACAUCAUUUAAUAGUGAUACAAUCAAUACUUUAUAUAAUAAUCAUUUAUCCUCAGAUUGUAUUGGUAGUAAAUCAAUUAUGGAUCGUUCAACGUACUCAUAUUCUUCACCCGCCUACAUAGAUAGAUGCAAUAAAAACUAUGGUUGUCUAGAUUCAACAUGUAUACUCAUACAUGAUAUUUGUUUUGAUGUUUUAACCGAAAUGCCUUUUGAAAUAACUCGAAGCGACACUUGUGACAAUUAUGGUUUUUGUAAAAGUUUACCCUGCACCGAUUCUUUUCAAUGUAAAACCCAAUGUUAUGCGGAACAAGCUUCUUUUUGUGGUUAUUGCACUGAUGAAAAUCUUACUCAGUGUCAUAAUUUAAAUAGUGUUGCCAACCAAAGCGAAUGCGAAACUCAUAGUUCAAUAUGUUUAUUACCCAAUGGUGCAAUUUUAACUGGAAAAACUGAAAAAGAAUGCACUGAAAAUUAUGGAGAGUGUUCACAUAAUAAUUGUGGUGAUAUUUCAUGCACCUCUAUUUUCGAUGGUGUUGAUUCUGGGUGUUUCACAAAAGAUCCGAACGAAAUAUGCUUAAAUAAAAAUGGUAAAUUUUUAGGCUCAAAUUACUAUGGUAUCUGCUUACUUACACUUGACCAAGAAACUUGCGAAAAUAAUAAAUUUGAUUGGAUAGAUUGCGGCUCAAAAUCAGUUGGAGAGUGUGGUGGGAAUUCUUAUUUUCCAUUGGUUUGCACUUCAAAGUACUCUAGCAAAUGUAACAAAGCUCAAUGUGAGUCUAUAGCGGGUGAAUGUUCUGAUAAAUAUUUCUUUUCACCAGAUUCUAAUCCAUUUUAUCCCAGUGGUAUGGGUAAAUGUAUUCGUAAACACUCAAACCUUAUAAAAUCUGUUCAAUGCAAUUAUGAUGAAAAUGAUUCACCAGAAGGUUGUUACUAUUAUACUCCAGCACAUUUUACAAAAGCGGUGUGUGAAGCAAAUGUUGGUUCUAAAUGGUGGACUCCAGCAUUAACAAAAGAGGAAUGUAUUUCAAAGUAUGGUUGCAGCACUAUGUUAGACUCAAAUUCAGCUGCAUUACCAUUUAAUUUUAAAUUUAAUGAAAUGAACAAAGAAAUGUGUUAUGGAUGUGAUGAGUCUUUUAAUGAAUGGGUUCAAAAGUAUAAUUGGACUGCUGGUACAUGGAAGCCAGGUAUUUACGUUAAACCAAAAUGGAUCAAUAACCAAUAUAUUUCAAAUAAAAUCAAUCCAAAUACAUUUAAUUACCAAUUAUUUUAUAAAUCUAUUGAAAAAACUGUCGAAUAUCAAAUAGCAGAGUUUUAUCGUACCGAAUCCAUUUGUAGAAAUGAAAGAUCUCAGUUAUCAAUCGAACAAAUAAUUUGCAGUUGUAAUGAAAACAAUGAUAUAUCUCAAGGUAAUGUCUCACAAUGUUUUCAAUCAUCAGUUGCACCUUUAAUUGUUCAAACAAAAGUAUGCACAGGAUUGAUAACCGAUGUCAUAUUUGGUUUUGGUAAAGUUUUAUUUGAUGAAAAUGCAAUUAAUCAAACAUGCCAAACCAUAACUUUAUCUCAUGUUAGUAAACAAGGGUAUACAUCAUCAAUUCCAGAAUCUCUAGCAUCAAAUUUUGUAUCUUAUAAAAAACCACCAAGUUUUGCUCUUUCAAAUAUAAAAAAUGCUAUUAUUGGUUAUUUGAUGAGCGAUGGUAUAAUGAUUCACUCGAGUGAAGGUAUUAACGAUGUGGAGAUUUGUUUUAUUAAAUCAAUAUUGGGAAGUAGUGAUGGUGAUUUCCCAGUAUUAGAUGUUGCUCUUCAAAUUAAUAAUCAAACAUCACCAUUAGAAUUACCAAGUGGCCAUAUUAAUAGUACCGAUAGUAUUUAUAUCUGUUUAAUGGUCUCUAAUGUUCCAAAAGGUGAUCCAACUUACUUUUUAAUUUCUCGUAUAAAUGAAAAAGAUUGGAAAACUAAAACUAAAGAGCUUUUCGAUAAAGAAACUAAGGCUAUGAUGUAUAUUUUAGCUGUAAUAUUUUUAUUGGUUUCUUUAUUUGGUUUAUACGAAAUUAUAACUAUAAUCAUAUUUUAUUUCAAAAAAAUUAUAAUCCAAUUCCAAUUAAUUCAAUCAUUAAUUAUAAUUGUAACACUAUUUAUUUUAAUUAGAACAAUAUAUUUCUUUUUAUUAGUUAAUGGUAAACUUCAAGAUAACCCAGUAUUAGAUUAUAUUUUAGUAGUUUUACCCACUUUUAUUUAUUUUACAGCAUUUAGUUCAUUAAUUAUUUUAUGGUACACAAUCGUAUUUUUAGUUUUAAGAAAUAAUAGUGGAUCUGGUGUUGCAAAAAAAUUGUAUACAAUUGUUAUCACUGUUAAUAUAAUAUUAUAUUUAUUCUUUAUUGCCAUUGUAUUGGUAUUCCAAUACACUCCAUCAUCUCCAACAAAUGAUUGUGCUGGUCGUAUUGUCAUUGCGAAUGAAGCUUCACCUUCACAAAAAGCGAUUAGCUUAGCGUAUGCUAUUGUACAAGCAGGUCUUAGUUUGGUUAUUUCGGCUGCAUUUAUUUAUUUAGGCAGAAGUCUAUAUAAAACGAUAUCGACAGGUAAAAAAAACCUCUCAAAUACUAAACACCAGAAAAAGAUCUUUAUAUUGUCCGCUAUAUGUUCAAUUGGUUUCUUACUACAUUGUAUAUUUGUUAUAGUGUUGGUUACUAAUAUAUCAUCUAUGACUUUUAGCUUCAUUGGUUUAAUUAUCACCGAGGUAAUUCCAGUAGUUAGUAUAAUGUAUUGUUUUAAUCCAAAUGAUCAAAAUAAU